GGGGAGCCUGGCCGGGAGCAGCGCUGCAGCGGGGGGAGGCCGGAGGCCGCGGGGAUGCAGUAACGCACGGCGGGCACCGGCUCGCCUUUGGCGCCGGAUGGUGUCAGGGCCCGAUGUUACCUGAACUUUGCGGACCCAACGCGCCGUGGUUUUUUCUGCCCAGCUGGAAGUUAAAGCCCGAGGCUGGCAGGUCUCCGGCCUCAGGAAUAAUGUUUCCAACAUGUCUGUGCAGUCGCUGCUUUGUGAAAGAAUUGCUGUUGCCAAAGAAUUGAUCAAGAGAGCAGAAGCCCUUUCCAAGUCCCAGAAAAGGAAAGUGGAAGGUGGGGCAAAACUAUGUGGCAAACUGAAGGCCGAAUUAAACUUCUUACACAAGGUGGAGGCAGGGAAGGUGGCCAUUAAAGAAUCCCAUCUGCAGAGUACAAACCUUACCCAUCUCCAAGCCAUUAUUCAGUCAGCAGAGAACCUGGAGGACGUUGUCAGUGUCCUGCAUGUCUUUACUUAUGAGGACAGGUUUGGAGACAAACAGACACUGGUGGUAGAUGUUGUUGCAAAUGGAGGUCACACAUGGGUGAAGGCCAUUGGUCGGAAGGCUGAGGCUCUGCAUAACAUCUGGUUGGGGAGAGGCCAGUAUGGUGACAAAAGCAUCAUUGAGCAGGCAGAGGACUUCCUGCAGGCAAGCCAUCAGCAGCCAGUGGAGUACAGCAAUCCCCACAUAAUCUUUGCAUUCUACAACAGCGUGUCCAGUCCUAUGGCAGAGAGACUCAAGGAGAUGGGAAUAUCUGUGCGAGGAGACGUUGUUGCUGUGAAUUCACUGGCAGAGCCAUCUACAGAAAACAAGCACCUUAGUGCCAGUGAAUCAGAUGAAGAAGGCCCUGAACUCCUGCAGGUGACCAGAGUAGACCGGGAGAAUCUAGUGGCUAGCAUUGCUUUUCCAACCCAGAUCAAAGUAAACACGUGCAGUAGAGUUAACUUGGACAUCACUACCUUAAUAACCUAUGUCUCUGCUCUGAGCUAUGGUGGCUGCUACUUCAUCUUCAAAGAAAAAGUGUUAACGGAGCAAGCAGCCCAGGAGAGGAAGGAGAGAGUCCUGCCUCAGCUGGAGGAGUUCAUGGAGGGGAAAGAGCUCUUCGCCUGUGAAUCUGCUGUCAGAGAUUUUCAGUCCAUCUUAGAAACACUGGGAGGACCUGGGGAGAAAGAGCGAGCUGCAUUGCUUAUUAAAAGAAUUAAUGUGGUGCCAGAUCAGCCGUCUGACCGUGCCUUAGGACUAGUGGCUAGUUCAAAAAUCAACAGCCGUUCUCUAACCAUUUUUGGGACAGGAGACACUUUAAAAGCCAUCACCAUGACUGCAAACAGUGGUUUUGUGAGGGCAGCGGCUAACCAAGGUGUCAGGUUCAGUGUUUUUGUCCAUCAGCCACGAGCAUUGACAGAAAGCAAAGAAUCUGUUGCUACACCUUUACCAAAGAGCUGCCCACCUGAUAAUGGACUGUAAGUCAUUAAAUGAGUUAGUCAUUGAAAUAUUGCAGAUGCUGCAGUGGAGGCAUUGGAGAAAUGAAAGAAUCAUAACAAUACAUUUUUGGGUGUGUAUCAGUGAAAGCAGUAACUGUAGCAGCGGGAGGGCUCCUCAAGGGAUUUGCAAUAGCUUUACUUAAUCCUUGGGUGGUUUUUUUUUUUGUUCAGCUGGCCAUUAAUUUAUUCAGUAAGGUAAUAAGAUUUCAGAGAAAAUUGUUAACUGGCUUGCAGUAUAUUAAUUGUAUCCAUCCUGAUUAAAAAAGUUCAUUUAAAGCACA